AUGCCCGGUUGGUCCAAGUCCCCGACGAUAGUCACCUACCAUCGGAUGCUGGGAAGCGACAUAAGGCUCCUGGAUCCCGACCCUCGGGAUGAAACCGUCCUGGGCGUGAUCUCUCCCGAGCUCAGUCGGCCUUCAUCUCGUAUUGCACCAGUCUCUUCAUCCAAAGUGUUCACAGCGGGACACCUCUUGCGACUGGUCUCUGAUAGCGGCCUUUGGUUCCUGACCAAUCGUGAAAAGUCCUUGGGCUCUCGAGGUCUGAAGGCCUUGUCUGAACUAAAGCCGUCGCCUACAAGCAGCAUAUAUCCCCGGACGCACGAUCUGCUUGGCUGUGCUGUGCUCAUCUUGGCUUGCCCACUGGGUAGCUCCUCGAUACUGAUUUACGUCGUUGCAGGAACAGUUCCAGGCUACGAUUCGAAGGGGGCCGCGUGUGCGGCAGUGGGGGAUCGAUUUGAUGGAAAGCGUUCCGUUCGGUGCGAGUACUGGAGGCAACGUGCCCUUCGAUUGGGGGCAUUGAGCCGUCAAGCGUGCCGCUAUAUGUCGACCGGUGAGUUCCUGCUCGCAAUCUCGCCUGUUUGCGUCGCUGUUGAGCGUGUUAUGUCAAAUGACAAGGAUUGCCGUCCGGUGAAGAAAGGUCUACGAUGCACGUCGCAGGAAUCUGCUUUGCCUUGCCGCCGUUUAGCGAACUCGCCAAUCGAAAGUCUGCAGAACAGUGUGGAAGAAAGGAAAGAAGGCAAACUUGCAGGUGGCCCUUUAGGUGGCCUUGACGCCGCACGCCUUAGUAUGUCAGCCGUGUCCUAUGGGUGUCUACUUAAAUCUGGCAUACCCUUCCUCUCUGGAACUCAAGAAGUCGCAAGAUUCACCAUAUUUCGAAAGAGAUUGGAGUCAACUUACAAAUACCGCUUCGCAAAGCCGCCGAACGGGCAUAAACGAUUGGAUACGCUUGCCGUUGGUCAACAUAAUAAGCGCCCAUGGAGAAACACAGUGCCCGGACGCCUGCUUAUAACCCCUCUUUCUCGCAGAGCCGCAUCUCUACAAUUGUCGCCUCGACACACAUGCAUAUCUUAUCAUGGCAAUGGUCUGGCCAUACAAGAAGAGCAAGGGCAGGCAUCACCAUUUCUUUACCAUUCACAAGCUUGA